UGCAAUGUAAUUACAACAUUGUUCUCAUUCUCAUUCAUUUCAGUUCCUGCCUAAUGCAAGCGUUUGUUGUGUGAUUGAGCUCGUUUCAUUCAUUUUAUCGUCGUACUAGAUCGAUUAAAAGAAGCUAUGGAUAAUGAUAGUGUCGCAAAUGUGUGGUUAUGGAAAGAUCCUGAUUUGAGAUGGAAAAAUGAAGUUAUCAACUAUGUCAAACUUGCUGAGCCAUCUGAAAAUGAAAUCAUUCUUGUUCAUUGCUCAUUUCUGGAAGGUUUUGACAGUCUUUCUCUUACAAAUUACAUACUAAGUUUGUGUUUACUCUUCGAUUUAUUUGAGGAUGAGAAAAUUAUGUUUCUGAACUCCAAAGAUCUUAUUUUAAGUAUUAAACUUUGUCUCAAGAAGUUCAACAACAAAAAUGCUAAGGACAUUAAUGAAAGCCUCAUCAGCCAUUUAGCUGGGAAAAAAUUUAUUAUUCUGGGCAUACCGCAAUCUGAAAUUAUUAAAAAGUUCAUAUGUAGCUUUUGUGGUAAUGAAAUUUUUAGCAUUUUUGUGGAAACUCCUUUGGACAUCAGUCUUAGUGGAAGUCCUACAUCUUCACCAAAAAGCUCUCCACCAAAGAUCAAUGUGGUUGCCGAACCUCUGGAAGCAAAGGAUAUUCCGGUUGAAGAUUCCAAUUACUCAGCAUUGGGAUCCGCCACUGAAGAAUAUGCUGCUGAAAUCAUUAUAGCAUUUCUAAGCUUACUUGUCAACAGUCGCAAUGAAUUAGCUUUGUCCAAAAGUAUGAUUUCCCCUAUUGUCAACUUCAGCCAUGAGGCUUUUACCAAAUUAAGACAUCUUGCAUCAGAAAAAGAAAUGCCUAUGUGCCAGGUUGCUAUAUCAUAUGUUACUCGUGUCAAACUUGGUGGAAAGGGUUAUGCUCCCUCUUCUGACUGUCCUAUGCUGCCUCAUUUAAAAAGCUUAGAGUUAUUUGUUGAUAUCCUAAACCAUAUGCAGACAAUGGUUGAAGAAGAUGUCAAACCAGAAUCUGUUGUGAGAAAACUUGUUAUAUUUUUGAAAAAGAGGUUGUUGAAAUGUGGGAGUGAUAAGCUAAAAGCAAGUUCUGUAGAGGCUGCUGCUGCUAAUUUACUGAAAAGUUAUGAAAAUCUGCCAGGCUUAUUGAAAUGUAAUACUGAUGAGUCCAAACAAGGACGAAACUGCAAUCUGGAUGGGAUAAAAGGGCUGUCGGUUUCAAAGUCUGCACCUCAAAUAUGUCAAGAAUCACUCGAUAUUAUUCGAUCUUUUGUGAAUUAUAUUAAUUGCAACUGCUGGAUAUUUGAAGCUGAAAACAUUCUUUCCAAGCGGCAAACAAAGAGAACACCUCUCAAUCUUCCUCCAUUGUUGGGUUACUUUAGAUCCCCAGAAGAAGAAAGUACUUGUGAUAGUGUAACUCCUCUGAAUGAAGACAGUCAAGUUUCUCAAGAUUCUACUACUGCUACAACAACAUCUAUUUCAUAUUUUCAUCAUUCUGACAAUAGUUUAACCUCUACUUCUUGCAUUGAUUCAAGUACUCCGACUAAAACAAAUUUCAAAGAUUGCUUUACUUCUGAAAAUGACGUUGCUUUGGAAGAAAAAGAACCAUUGAAAACCAAAGUGCAGGUUAUUAAGAAAACUGCGUCUAAAGGUCGCAAGCGUUCCAUAUUGAAAGAAAUUACAAAUGAUGAUGAAGCCAAUGCUUCAGAUAAGAAGGGAAAUUGUGUUCAAAAGAAGAAACGCGAGGAUAAAACUACACAUCAAGAGGCUUCAAAAGGGAGUAUCAUCAUUCCAACAGCUAAAAAUAUACCAAAGAAGAACAAAAAAAUGCCAAAAACAUUGAAGCAAGUGCAAGGCCAAGUAAAGAUAACAGGCUUUUUCGUUACUGGUCGGACAAAGAUUUAA